CCUGUCGACGCGGUUCAAUCCGUCGCCAACUUCCGCUCACACAAGCUAAACUACCAAACUGUUACCCGAAUCACCAAAUCCACGACUUUCAUGCAUUCAUCUCUCGCUGAGCCUUUGUCACCACUAGUCAAGUGCCACAUUCGGCGGCCUUAUGUUGAGGUGAAUUAUCGAAGUAUUUCAAGAUCGACUGCGGGUCCAACGUCACGGCAUCUACCACCAACA